AGUCCGCGUCUGCCCCUGCGCGGGGGAGGCGGGGCGCGCGGAGGAGCCCGGCCCGCUGUAAACAUCCUCCGGAGAGGCCGCCGCGGGGCUCUAUGGAGACGCGGGGGAAGCCCCCGCCGCCCAGCAGCCAGCGGGGGCCGGUGCUGCACAUCGUGGUGGUCGGGUUCCACCACAAGAAGGGCUGCCAGGUUGAAUUCUCCUAUCCUCCUCUCAUCCCAGGAGAAGGACAUGACAGCCACAGUUUACCAGAAGAAUGGAAAUACUUGCCUUUCCUUGCCUUGCCAGAUGGAGCUCACAACUAUCAAGAAGAUACUGUGUUUUUCCACUUGCCACCAAGAUGUGGAGAUCAAACCACAAUAUAUGGUGUCUCUUGCUAUAGGCAGAUUGAAGCCAAGGCACUGAAAGUGCGGCAAGCAGAUGUCACCCGAGAAACGGUACAGAAAAGUGUCUGUGUUCUAAGUCAGCUGCCUUUGUAUGGAUUACUUCAAGCAAAGCUACAGCUCAUUACUCAUGCCUAUUUUGAAGAAAAAGACUUCUCACAAAUUUCAAUUCUUAAGGAACUUUAUGAGCAUAUGAAUAGCUCUUUGGGAGGAACUACACUGGAGGGGUCACAAGUUUAUCUUGGUCUGUCUCCCCGAGAUCUUGUCCUUCAGUUUAGACACAAGAUCUUAAUUCUUUUUAAAUUGAUUCUUCUAGAGAAAAAGGUGUUGUUUUAUAUUUCUCCAGUAAAUAGACUGGUGGGAGCACUAAUGACUGUCUUAUCUCUCUUUCCUGGUAUGAUUGAACAUGGUCUUACUGACAGUUCACAGUACAGACCAAGAAAGAGUGUAUCAGAGGAUACUGGCCUGCGGGAAGUUACUCCCCCUUUAGAUGAUUAUGUUUCUGUGUCUGCUGCUGACAUUUCAAAUACAAACUCAGGAAUGGGUGAGGAAGGCAGGAAGCUAUCAGGAAACCAUGUCCAGGAGGCUCAGAAAACAGAUGUGCCUUUAUCCCAUUCUGAAAAGAAUUGCAAUGGAUCACAGUCCUCCAAUGGCACUGGACAACAUUUGAAACCUCCUUCACGCACUUCUCCAGAGUCUUCUGAAAGCGACUGGGAGACCUUGGAUCCUAGUAUUUUGGAGGAUACUAACUUGAAAGAAGAACAUGAAAAUAUGACAUCAGAACAGACUGAAAUCCUUUCAAAGGAAUGCACAAAGUCAGAAAGCCCACCAAUUACUGUGCAACCUCAGGCUAAAACAGGACAUGUGGUUCUUGUUCCAGGACUGAUAUCAGGGUUGGAGGAGGACCAGUAUGGCAUGCCAUUGGCUAUUUUUACUAAGGGUUACCUUUGCUUGCCAUACAUGGCACUGCAACAGCAUCACCUCCUCUCUGAUGUAACAGUCCGUGGCUUUGUUGCGGGAGCCACCAACAUCCUGUUCCGGCAGCAGAAGCAUCUAAGUGAUGCAAUUGUAGAAAUAGAGGAAGCCCUUGUCCAAAUCCAUGAUCCAGAACUCAGGAAGAUCCUGAACCUCACAACUGCUGACCUGAGAUUUGCAGACUACUUGGUGAAGCAUGUAACUGAGAACAGGGAUGAUGUUUUCCUCGAUGGCACUGGCUGGGAGGGAGGAGACGAGUGGAUCAGGGCUCAGUUUGGUGCCUAUCUUCAUGCAUUGCUUGCUGCUGUGCUGCAGCCAGACAAUGAAAAGAUAUUGUCAGACUUCGGAACAGCCUUUGUAGCAACUUGGAAAAAUACACACAACUACAGAGUGUGGAACAGCAACAAGCAUCCUGCUCUUGCAGAGGUAAAUUCUAGCCACCCAUUCCAGGGCCAAUAUUCUGUAUCAGAUGUAAAGUUAAGAUUGUCACAUUCUGUCCAGAACAGUGAACGUGGCAAGAAAAUUGGAACUGCUAUGGUCAAUACCAGCCGGAAUGUUGUGCAAACAGGAAAAGCUGUAGGUCAAUCAGUAGGAGGGGCCUUCACAAAUGCAAAAUCAGCCAUGUCUUCAUGGCUUUCCACUUUUACCCAGUCAACACAAGGCCUCGGGGACUAAAAGUAGAGUCUGAAUACAGGCUUUGCACUCUGCUGUUGAGUAUUUCAGUUGUAUCAGUUUCUCUCAGCUGUAUAAAGACUGCUCCAAAAUGAGGUAUGGAGACUUCUUAGUCAUGGAGGACCAAAAUGUGGUGUGUUUGUUUACAGAUAAAAAUGAAAUGGUUACCCUUUGGUUUUACUAGAAGUAUGAAUGUCUCCAAGCAGAGCAUGAAGAAUGGCAUGUAAAGCUCUUUCAUAGUACAUUAGUUGUGUUUUUAAAUGACUACUUUUGUUUAAAUCUGAGCCUUUAUACUCUAGCAAACAGGGUUUGUUGCAAGCAAAAUGAUAGGUUUGAAUUCAGAUUUGUACAUUUUGGAUGGUGAAGAUAUCUAUGUAAAUUAGCUGUAUUUUACAAUUCAAAUAGUCAAACAUUUUCUGUAAUGUUUGUUAGGAUGAAGCAGUAUAAUAAUGCUGAUUCACAUUUUAGGUUGGAUCUGAGGUCAUGCUUGUGAACUUAAUGAUGCAAGCCAGGUUGAAACCCCUUAGUUAAGCUUGCUUUCAGUUCCAAACUAAAUUCAACAAUGGUGUAGAUUGAGACUGGUUUUGAUUUGUGACUUUUUCUUUUCCCCUGACAUAUACAUGUAUUGUAUUCAUCUGUUUCUAACUUUCUUCUCUGUACUUGCAGACCUGAGAGAGUAGACAAUUGUACAAUCAGUUUCUUUUUGAUAGUGUCCUCACUCAUUUCAUAGGGCAGAAUAUAGACUCUCUUUCCUAACACUGAAUAGUGUUGUCACCAUGCUUACCCUAGGACAUAAGAGAAAUUCCAGCUGGAGAGGUUUCUUUACAUCAUUCUUUAGGGAAAAAUGUCAACAAAAUAAUUGGUUCUCUGACAGCAAAAAUUAGAGCCAUAGGCAACUCUGUGCAGACUUGCUCUAUUAUAAAGUGUGUGUGUGUGCGCGCGUGCGCGCUACUUGGUGUGAUACUCCUGUAUUUUAUAUACACUGUGCAUGUGUUGUAAUCUGUAUGGGUACAUAUCCUAAAACUGGAGCAUUUCUUGUUCUUCAGACCUGAAUCUUUGCUAUUUCUUUCAAUUAUAUUUGCCUGCUAGAACCUUGAGAUGAUGCCUCUUAACAUACUUUCAGAUUUGUAUUUUCUAAAUUAUAGUAACAAAAAUUCCCACAUUAAAUAAUGAAGAGAUUCUCAUAGCAAGAAAUCAUGACACCACAAACAUCAGUGGGAGUUUUGCCAUUCUCUUCCAAGGGGCCAGGAUUUCCCCCCACAGUUAUCUUGGACAUCCCUAUUUUUGUACUCCUGUAAGUAGGCCUGGGCUGAAUUGGUUGGAGCUUCCACUAGCUUUUCACCUUUCAUUUUGUGGAGUUAAAUGAAGAGAGUAUCUAAUGCUUCUUAUGCAACUCUUUACAUAAGGAAUUAAAAUUAAAUAUUUGGGUUUGAAAAGCUAUUGAAAGCCAUGCUUUCAUCUACCAAUUACUUUUAUGCCAACUUUUUUGUUCCAGUAUUAUCGUUGUAAUUCUAUUUUAGCUUUGCUGCUUCCCUAUUAACAGUCUAAAAUAACAUUAUAGCUUUUU